CUGAACAAGAUCGCUCGGAAUCUUAGAUUGGAUAAAUUCGUUGAUAAAAAGUAAACUAUAGGGCAAAAUGGCAAACUUUCUGGCAAUACAAAAUAAUCAAGUUUUUCGGCACUUCGCCUGGUGGUCGGCUGCAAUGUCAGUUAAAAUGAUGUGCAUGAUGCCACUUAUUGGUCGACAACGGUUUCGCAAGAAGAUAUUCAUGACUCCGGAGGACUGCGCGUUCAUAGGUAAAAGCGCCAAGGUGGCGUUCGACGAUCCGGACGUGGAGCGGCCUCGGCGAGCUUUCCUCAACGACUUGGAAAACAUUGUACCCUGGUUUAUCUGUACGAGCGUGUUCUUGACCACUUCGCCGCCUCCGGCGCUCGCCAUCAACCUCAUACGCGCCUUCGGAAUCAGCCGCAUAGUCCACACCAUCGUCUACGCCGUGAUCCCCAUGCCCCAGCCUGCUCGCGUUGUAGCUUACGCUGUCGGAUACGCUAUCACCGUAUACCAGGCUUAUCUCACUCUGCUUCACUACACUUGACUCCCUUUUUGCCACCUUACCCUACUUAUUUCUUCGUACAAAUAUACAAAUCAAUUUCUAGCGUUAACUUUUCGUUCUAAUUAUAACGACAUGAACCUUUAUUAAAGAUUAAUUUGAAUAGUUGUUUAGUAUUCAUUCAUUUCGCCUACUCAAAAAUUAGCUUUAUAUUUCUAGCAAUGUGCCGCCACAAAUUUGCUUCACUUACCUUAUUUAUAGUGUACGAAUUAAUAGAUUAUUUUUUCAUUGAAAAGGCAAUGCUUUAACUGAUCAAAUUUAAUUAUUUGUAAGAUUUUUAUUUUUUAACGAUAAUUUCCUCGCGCCGAAAUUCGUAUUUACGGGUCCGUUCGAACUUUGUAAUUUCAGCUGCUGAAAAACAGGCGAUAUAAUAUAACUCUGGCAUUAUUAUUAAUGCCAAAAUAAUAAAACGCCUGAAUAAUGGCUAUAAUAUAUUUGAAAUAUUCGUAAUAUCAAAUAGAACUCUAUCUGCCGUUCUGAAAGCGCAUCAAGAAAAUAUGCAGGCCAUCAUGACUUUGCAAGAUUUCUUUGUUAAGCGAAUGCGUCAUUAAUAACCAUCUCAUACCGCUGUAUUUGGACAAUGCUGUGAAAUUGUUAUUUUCUUCGUGUAUUAUGUUUGAAAAAAAAUAACAGUUUUUAUUUCUAACUGUAUUGUAUAACUAUGAUCAUUAAUUGCUUUGGUAAAUUAUAUUUAGCGUCACAGUUAUAUAUUUUGAACACUGAUUAAUAUGUAGAUUGUAUAAUAGUUUAAAACUUAGUUUUGAUCGCUUCUUUAUAUUACAUUGUUAAUUAUAUUAUAUAAUGUUUAGUAGGUAUAUCAUUAAAAUUUUAUUAUUAGCGCAUCUUAAUAAGGUGAAGUGGAAAUGUAUCGUUUUUUUUGUUCAAACUUUAAACCAAAUACGCGAGACAAGCAUGGCCCGAUUAUCGUUACGUUGAAUAUUUAUAUAAUUGGCUUACUCUAUAAAAGUUAUUAUAACUAAAAAGAAAGUCGAUAUACUAACUAAAAUUUUUAAUAGACGUAAAGAAUAAGUGUAUGAAUAUAAUUUAUUUAUGUUAAUUAUUUUUUCCUGAUCUUGUCCUCUUGCAUUUAAAUGAUUGAAAUAAUAAUAUUUUCUACAGCUACAAUUAAUGUAUUUUUGCGGAUUCGCGCAAAAAUGUUACAUAAAUAUACUUUUAAGAGUAUAUAAACUAUAACCGUGUCUACACUUAUAUAGUGAUCA